AUGCUCGCGGGACAGGAACUGCAACACCGCACUGAGACCGCUACCAGCAGUCUUGGAGACGAGAAGAUGCCCGUCACAAGCUCACCCCGAACGCCGUUCGACUGCUUACACGAAUGCAACCUCCUGCAAUCGAAACGGGUCCAGACUUACAAGGAGUUUGAAAGAGGCUUCCAACAAUACGUAACCCGCCAAAGCACAUCCGAAGAGUACCAAACUCUUGCUCAAACCAUUACCGCCUCAUUCUCAUCCCUCUCCCAAAAGAUCAAAGCUCAAGAGUCUGCAUUACGCGACCUCGGCCGUGAUGAUCUCGCUAAGCUGGUUCUCAACUUGCAGAGUUGGGAACGGGCAAAACUCGAGAAGACGGCGAUGUACCAAAUCCGUAAAUCGGAAACGGAUCUCGGUGUGCAGGAUUACGCGGAGGAGGUCGCCGAGUUGAUAGCGGAGCUGGGCGAGAUUGGGGAGCAGAUCAAUGAUGCGUGGGAUGAGAUUCGGUCGGAGAUGGCCGAGUUGGCCUAG